UAGUGGAGUGGCAAAGAGCUCAGAGCGCAGGCUACAGGAAAAAAGGAAAGCUGGAAGAAAAGGGAAUGAAUGAUGAAGAGGUGGUGUGCUCGGGGUGACUCUUAAGAUCCGGCACGAACCCUUGGAUCUCAAAAGAGGAUUCUUUUUCAUCAGCAUUCUCUUCUCCAAGCAUACCCGACUUUCCCUCUCUUAUUCACUUCCCAUCUCUUCAUCAUUUUCCAUUCCACCUUAUCCCUAUUCUUCUCUGCACUCCAGUCUCCCCCAAAAAGUUAUUGAGGAAUUGCUAUUCACCAAUGGGAGGUCGUUGCUCGAAAUUCUCACUGUGCUGGUGGUCCUCUAAUAUCAAAUCAAAUCUUCAUGACCUGUCUGACAAUGAUGAUGGGAACAAGAAUGAGAAGCCUGGAAUCAUAGAAUAUAGCUUGGAUCAACUAAGAAGUGCCACUUCAGGAUUUUCACCCGACAACAUCGUGUCAGAGCACGGUGAGAAAGCUCCCAAUGUUGUCUAUAAAGGGAAGCUUGAAGAUGACGGGUGGGUAGCUGUGAAGCGCUUCAACAAGUCGGCUUGGCCUGAUUCUCGACAAUUCCUAGAGGAAGCACGAUCAGUGGGGCAGCUGCGGAAUGAGCGAUUAGCCAACUUGAUUGGGUGUUGCUGUGAAGGGGAAGAAAGACUGCUUGUUGCUGAGUUCAUGCCCAAUGAAACUCUCUCCAAACACCUUUUUCAUUGGGAGACCCAGCCCAUGAAAUGGGCAAUGAGGCUGAGAGUGGCCUUUUACUUAGCACAAGCUUUAGAAUACUGCAGUAGCAGAGGAAGGGCAUUGUACCAUGAUCUUAAUGCUUAUAGAAUUCUGUUUGAUCAGCAUGGCAAUCCCAGACUCUCCUGUUUUGGACUCAUGAAGAACAGCAGAGAUGGCAAGAGUUAUAGUACAAACUUAGCCUUCACCCCUCCAGAGUACUUGAGGACAGGAAGGAUUACCCCAGAAAGUGUUAUAUACAGUUUUGGCACCCUUUUGCUUGAUCUUCUCAGUGGCAAACAUAUUCCACCCAGUCAUGCACUUGAUCUUAUACGAGGGAAAAAUUUUUUGUUGCUCAUUGAUUCAUGUUUGGAAGCCCAUUUUUCAAGUGACGAUGGAACUGAAUUAGUGAGAUUAGCUUCACGUUGUUUACAGUAUGAACCUCGUGAGAGGCCUAAUGCCAAGUCACUCGUAACUGCUCUAGCUCCUCUUCAGAAAGAAACUUCAGAACCAUCAAAAGUUUUGAUGGGCAUACCAGAUGGGAUUGCAUCUACAAGGGAAACAGUUUCAUUGACACCUUUUGGUGAAGCUUGUUCUAGAAGAGACUUCACUGCAAUGCAUGAAAUUUUGGAAAAGGUUGGGUACAAGGAUGAUGAAGAUGUUGCAAAUGAGCUUUCAUUCCAAAUGUGGACUAAUCAAAUACAAGAAACUCUGAAUUCUAAGAAGCAAGGAGAUUCUGCUUUUCGUGCCAAAGACUUCUCUACAGCCGUUGACUACUAUACACAAUUCAUCGAUGUAGGGACUAUGGUAUCGCCAACUGUUUAUGCCAGGCGCUGCUUAUGUUACUUGAUGAACGACAUGGCUCAAGAAGCUCUUGGAGAUGCCAUGCAAGCCCAAUCAGUGUCACCCACGUGGCACACUGCCUUCUAUCUUCAAGCAGCUGCUCUCUUCAGCCUUGGAAUGGACAGUGAUGCACAGGAAAGUCUUAAAGAUGGCACAAUGCUGGAAACCAGAAAGCAUAGAGAUUGAAAGUGUAUAGUCGUUUCCCUUUCUUCACGUUCCCCUUAUUUAUCAAGGAAAAUUUACAAGUAUUAAUUGUAUGUAUGCAUCUUUCUGGUAGCCUCUACAAUUUGCAACA